CUUUACUCUUGCGAUUUUCGUCAUCCCACCCGAACCGUUCCUCAAAGACUAUGCCAAUCGCGAUACCAGCCGCUCAAUCAUCCUCUACAGCUUCCCCCAAUGCCCGCGCUCCGGUAGUCCCUCCCGCCCCGCGCAACCCCGUCCGCCUCUCCGUCGCAGCGCGCGACCACCCUCAACCGUCCGCUGGUCCCAGCACUGCCAGCUCUACCCCCGUCCACACUACCUCAGUUCCCUCAGGAAAUAAUAGCAUAGCCCCAGCUGGUGGAGAAGAUGCUGAAGCUCUUAAACGUGCUGCUGUCAGGAAAGCUCAGUUACAACGACGAGUUGAGAGAUGGAUGGAUAAGCUUAUGGAAGAGACUGUUGAUCGGGCUACGUUUAAAAAGACUGUUUCGCACUUCACUCCGCCCCAAUAUCUCGAAAUAACCCACGAACGCCACCUUAACUCCCUCUGCUCCUACCCCGUCUGCCCCAACCCGCCUUACCGACCCUACUCAUCAUCAAGACGCUUUGUCAUCUCGACCCGUGCGAGAACAAUCAAACCCAAAGAGGGAAACGAGGAAGAGGGAUAUUGUUCAAAGAAGUGCAGAGCAAGAAGUGGGUGGGUUGAAGGUAAAUUGGAUAAGGAGGCGGUGUGGUUACGAGGUAAAGUGGAAGAUGUAGAAUUACUCGAAGAGCUAGAAGAGAGAGGGGAGGUGAAUUUGGAAGCAAUAACGAAGGAGGAACCAAAAACGACCAGUCGAAAAGAGUCGACAGCUAGAGCUACUCCCUCACCCGUCCCAAAGCCUGCUCUGCCCACCAAGCAGAUCAUAUCCAACCCCAAACAACCUCUUGCCAGCGAGGUUUUAGUACCCGCUCCAUCAGCAAAUGUUGUCACCUCUUUGAUCGAAUCUCUGACAAUCCACGAGCGUCCCGUUCCCUCCGUCGCUCCUGCUCCCCCAUCGCUCUCUGGACCAGUGGAUCAUUCCACCUCAUCCCACGCGCCUCCAGCGGUCGAACCGCAACCGCUACCCUUACCCCAGCCUCAGCCACAACCUUCUCUCUCUUCCCAUGCCCGCAGGAACCCGAACUCGCUCCUCUCCCCCUCGUCCACCCUCACUCGCUCGCUUCUUUCUGCUACCAACUCUAUCCCCGCCGCCGCUAUCUCUCAAUCAUCGCCGAAUGGCGACGAUAGCGAGGAGGAAGAAAGCGAAGCAAGUGAAUGGGAAAAGGAGAUGAGAUUUGGGGAGGAGACAGAGGAGGUGAAGGGCUGGUUUGAGGAGGCGAUGGCUGCUAGAGAGAUGUUGGGAGACAAAGAAGAGACAGAGGAAUAAGGGUAAAUGACGAGACCUAUCAUAUGGUGUUUUGCCCAAGAUCGAGCGGGAACGGAUGCAGUGCACCUUAAUGAUGAUGAUCCUGGUACAUCUGGCUGCAUCAUUAUGAUUAGAUGUCAGUCUAUGGCUGGUACUUUAAAAGGACAGUCUUGAGCGGAAUCGUCAACAAUAGCGUGAAGCUGGCACCAAACACUGACAAACAUGAAAGAAGCUGAACAAGGUCGGCUAAACACUUUCGCCAAAAUUCUAUGUAAUAAGGACUCGGACUAAAAACCCAUUCUAUUUCUCUUUGAAAACCCCAACCAGUAGGUUGAGAAAAAUAUCUCGCAUGCCUUUUUGACUCCUCACGAGAGGUAAAGCAAGUGUGAAAAACCUGAAGCAGUUAGUUGUUACAUUGUCUUGACGAAAGCUCAUGGAGCCAAUAAGAAGAUGGAAUAGUGGCGGGAUCCCCCGUUUGAAGGCUGACUGAGGUCGAAGGGAAUGGAUGAUAAGAGGAAUGGCUGAUGGAGUCUGUAAAGACGGCCAGAACGCUAGACUUCUGCUUUAUAAGCUACUAUUGACCAAGAUAUGCAAGUCGCCACCGGGUUGCGCCAGUCUGCGCAUGAAAAGAGUAUAUUUUCACAUGU